AUGCUGCAGAUGCUCCUAGGAGUCAGAUUCAAUCUUCAAGAGUAAAAAGGGUGUUCUGAUGUCGGAUAUUACUUUGUAAAUUCACUAUCCGUCAGUAUGAUUUCCAGCCACAUGUUCUGCUGGCCUUGGUCGGUGGCCGGCACAUCUAUUCAAAUAUUUGGAACUCACCUUCAACCCAGGCAGGUCAACACCACCUCAUCCACCUCCACCCCCUCUCCCUCCUGCCUUCCUUUUCAAUUUCGCAACCUCAUUAACACCACCCCCGCACCAGAUCCAGUUGAUCUGCCCCUUCUUCAAGACACUCGAAUCUUUGCGCGUGCCAAAGACACCCUGUCGCGUUGUGGUCUCCGAUAUUCGAUCUUCGAUUGUCGGUUUUGGAUGGUCUAUAUUCUUGUUACUUCGCCCCAUGUUCACCUUUGAGUUUUGAUGUCUCGCAAGUUUUCUCAGCCAUUGUCUUUCUCACGACGUCUCCUGACAACCUCAGAGUAAGCUAGAUACUCAGUUCUUCUCUCUGUCGCUCUUGUUGAAGACCUCCACUGACAAGUUGCCUCUCUCUGCAGCGCCAUGAAUACAUUCAUUUACCCCGCACCUCCUCCAUCAACGUCGCUCGUCAUGGCACAUCCUCCUGUUGAGUACAGCAAUUCUCAGGCUGUUGUUCGUGCUCCAGUUGCCCGUCAAAAGCCCAAUGAGGUACUCGACCUGUCUAUGCCAGACACUUUCUACACCACAGAGAUUCCAGAGGAUUCACCAGCCUUCUUUUCCACCAACAUGGGAAAGGAUGCCAAGAGAGCCCUCCUCAAUCCUCGUCCUGCACCAUUGACACGAUCUAGAUUCCAUGAAGAUGUUGCCAAUACUGCAAAACAACUUCGAGAUCGCUUUCCAAAGAUCGUGCGGGACAUUACCCAGAUCAAAGCCUGGCCUGAUCUGUAUAAGUUCUGGGAUGGCUACGAUCUCUGGGUUCAAGGUGCCGCAUUCUGCUACUGGGUUAUCGAACAGAUCGUGAAGAAGAAUGAUAUACUCAGACGCAUGAUCACAAAAGAAAUUAACUUGUACGCCGCAGAAUGGAUUGAAUUUCACAGAGAUCAAGUCUUGGCCAGUCCAUUGACGACAAACCUCACCACUCUGUUCUUGCCUGGAGAUGAGGAAGCUGGACUCGCGACCUUGUCAAUGGGCGAAAAUCACAUUCUGAGAUGUGCCUUAGAAAGAGAACGUAAUAGACUGUUGGAGGCAACUCGACCACCACCACAAUCUUUGCAUCCUAUUCAAGAAGCCCAGCAAUUGAAAACAUUUCCUCCUUUCCUGUCUCAGACUCCAAUCGGCCCUCCUCCACCGCCAUAUAUACCUGGUAGGUUCAACAUAACUUUCAUGCAGUCACCAGAAGAUGAAAACUAACAGUUCAACCAGUCUUCCCUGUUGGUCAAGUUGGGCCUGUCCAAUCAUACAGCAGCUUCAUGCAAAAUCAACGUUACAUAGCCAGCAACCAUUCUACGCCGAAUUCCAUGCGCCACGAGGACUGGGCCAUGCAAGGCCACAACAGACGCCGCAAUAUGUCGAACGAUUCUUCCAAUACCAACAACCAUUCCAUGAAGAACGGACGUUUUGGCUACGGAAAUGCUGGGUAUAAUGGUAAACGCGCUCUCUCAAGCACAUCAGGUGGAAGUCCACACAAAAAACACAAUGAUGAACGUGAGCCGAUCUAUGUUCGCACUGGACAAUCGAGUAGACCAGAGUCCACUCCCAACCGUAACAUCUCUGCUCCAGCAAAUCCUCGAUUUCCUCACAAUUUUAAUGACGCGAGACUCGAUCCCGCAAACCGCCGUCGCCAUGAACCCGUCUACGACCCAAUUUCAGCUCUGUUCAAGAAUGAUCCUAAAGCCCGCAUUGAUUGGAGAAACCAUUGUACUUACAGCUACAGCGAUAAUUAUUCAUCAUACGCUGAGAACAACAACCGAACAGUUUAUGUUGAAAACGUUCCCAAGGAAUUCUUUGUCUCACAUGGGUUGGCGGGACUGAUGUCGGAGGCAGGAGAAGUCAACAGAAUCUACUAUGCAAACGAUGGUCGACAUCCCCAUGCUGCAGCAUUUGUCACGUAAGUUUCUACCGUGGUUCCAUCUCAGAAGAAUGCUAAAUUGAUUCUAGCUUUGAGCAUGUAGGCACAGUCGACUUUGCUAUUGAAAAGUUUGGCCAAAUUCGAAUACCAACAGGAGAUACCAUCCGUGUUCAGAAACCAAGAGAUAAAGUGUACAGACAUCCCAGAGAUCGUUCCAAUAGCCAAAUCAGCAACAAAAGCUUUGGACCUGAUUAUAACUCUCGUUAUGGCGGAGAUCAAUUUCGUCGUCAUCCGCAGAGAAAUAACUCAAACUCAUCUAACCAGUUUUAUCGACAGGAUGGCCCAUCUUCUCGUCCUUUCAAUGAAGCAGAUACACCUACCCCUAAGCAAGCCAAGGUUGGUGGGCAACAAACACCCUCAGGAUCGGAAUCUGGGAGUCAUCAAUCAAAAUCGACUGAUGACCCUCCUCAGACACCUUUGAAUUCCGUCGAGUCAACCCCCAAGGAUACAAAAUUACGAAAUGAGGAUAAUGUUUCAGCUUCAAGUGAACACAAGGAGAACUCUCCCCCCAAGGUGUAUGUUAUGUUACAUCUGUGGCUGUUUGGAUUCUAAUCAUCUUGUUUAGGGCACAGGACGAAAGUUCCAAAGUUGAGUUUGAUAAUCAAGGAUCCAACUCACCCAAGCCUCAGAAGAAGAAAGGUGACCGAAACUCUAGAUCUAACACGUAAGUAAAUUACCAAAGCUUUGAGCCUGGCAACCUGUGACACGCUGACUUUCUUUGGUAGUGAUGUCACAACUCGCUCUGCAGACCUGGACAAUUCCAACAGCUCUCAAUCCACUGUCUCAUCUCAUACCUCCAACCUGGUAUCGCCAAUGAAUCCUGGUGAGAAGAGCGACGAGGUUGGUACCGAUGCUGUCCAAGCGACUGCUAAUGAGCAAGAAAACGAGGAGCCCCGCCGUCACAUUCACAAGAAGUCAACACAAAAAUAUUCCAAGCAAUACGCUUCAACCAAGGCGACCCCUAUCUCCACCAACCACACACUCACACAGUCUGAUUUAUCCGAGUCACCCACAGAUACUAUUGCCUCAACUGCUACAGAUCUCUGUGCAGCGUCUUGUGCUAAUUUAGGUGAUAAUCGCGCUUCAGGAAAACAGCCAGGCAUAACUUCUGCAAAAUCAGAGGCUUCCCUUCCUGGCAUGACUAAAUCAGCUGAGCGUCAACCUUCCAAAGAGUUUGGCCAAAAGAGGAAUACAAAGAAGUUACAUAAGACGAAUCGAAGAUACAGUGUCAAGGGCGAACAGAAGGAGCAAAAGAAAGACUCCAAAGUUGAAAGUGAGGAAAACCAGAAGGAAGACAAAUCCAGAGAUAAUACUACUUCUGUGUUCAGUCAACCGAAGGGGGCCGCGAAUGUUAAUGAGAACGACCAACAAACACAGAACCAUGCCAAGAAGAAUACCCAGGGGGUAGAUGGUCAAUCAACUGUCAAUGAGAAUGAGCCUCCUAAGGAGCCAUCAAGAGUGCCAAAGAAGGAGAGCGUUGGGACUUUUCAACCACAACCCGACUCCCAAAAGAGUUCUAACGCUAAUACCUUCAAUGAAAAUCGUCAAGGGGGAUUGAAGAAGGGAGGUUUCACUCAGCAAUAUCGUCACGAGAAGAAAGGUAGUAAUGCUUCUUCCGCUUGUGGCUCUACACUUUCAAUCCGAUCUAAACCUUCCGUUGGAUUUACUAAUGUAUCUGGAUCUUCCACACCAAAGAAGACGGAUUCAAGCAAUCUGUUCGAAGACCCUAAUCUGUGGCCAGCACUCGGUCCUUCCAGCUCCCCGCAAAGUUCAAUUGCAGAUGGAAAGCGACCACCACCCUUUCGUCCCGUGGUUCCACGAAAGGCUCCAAUUGGAACGGUCGUCCCUGCGGUACCACACAACAUCAAGAAGCCGCGCCCACAGUCGUAAGUCGUAAGGACGCACCAUUUCCCACUCUUCGGAGGCACCUGGACUGAUUGUUUUCUUUAGGGAGGAUAUUCUUGGGGGACAAGAAUAUCCAUUUGUGAAGCGAAGUAGGCCUGUAUGGGCAAAAUGGGAUUAUUGGAAUGAGGUGCCUGUGGUCGGAAAGGGGCCGUGGUGACAAAAAGGAUCCGGAAAGGUCUGUUUUAUCAUCUCGCGCUCUUCAUUGAGCAUGUUUAUGAUCGGGGAUGGCAUAUUUUACAAGCUUACGAUAUCACGAAAUUCAUAGGAUGAAUUAAUGAAUGAUAUGAAAUAUUAGUCUAGGGGAGAUAUUAUUUGUCGAGAAAAGGACAAUCAAUUAACAAGAUUGUCACCAAAAA